AUGCCUUCGUACUGCUGUGUUCCGCAUUGCAAACAGAAAGGCUACGUGGAUCAGGACGCAAAGAAGGUGUCGUUCCAUUGCUUCCCGAGGACGGCUGCCGCUCACAGAAAAUGGAUAAUCGCUAUCAAGCGCGACGAAGGCAAGAUGUUUCGCGUGACGCACUCUACACAAGUGUGUUCAAGACACUUCGUCGAGUCGGACUUCAUUGCGAACGUGGCCAGUGGGCACACACAUCUGCACAGUUGGGCAGUUCCGUCCGUGUUCGACUUUUGCAAGCCGAAAACUCAAAGGAAACCUCCACGUCAAAAACGGACUGCCGCCGGUGUAGCCACGCUCCCCAUCACCACAGAGGCUUGCGACGAAGCGAUAGAGCCAUUGCGUGAUAUCACCUGGUCUGAUGAGAAUCUCCCAGCGGAAGCCACCCAGCGUGAUUCAGACCAACGUCAAUGCAUGUGCGCUAAGGACUGUUCUGUGCUAAGCAACAAGCUGGAGAAGCUUACGAAGCAGAACGACGAAUUGCGUAAAUGCCUGAGAGAGAAAACGGAAGAAGUGUACAGGCUGCAAGCACAACUCGAAAUGACUGAAGGAAAACGAAAAAAGUUGGAGGAGCAGCAGGUCGCCUUCAGUAUUAACAAGUUCAAGGACAGUGAUGAUGACGUGCGAUUUUACACAGGACUUCCCUCGUACGCACACUUUAGAGAACUGCAUGAGUAUCUCAACCCAGGAGAGAGUGGGAAAAACAUGGUACUGUGGCAAGGCAGUGCUUCCAGCGACAACGUUGGCCGGCCUCGAAAACUUGACACAGAAGAUCAGCUCUUCCUAGUUUUGAUAAAGCUGAAAGUUGGACUAUUUCACAAGCAUCUUGGACACCUGUUUAACAUUUCGUUGAGUACUGUGUCCAGGAUCUUCUUGUCAUGGAUUAACUACCUCUACAUUCAGCUAUCCCAGUUACCACUUUGGCAGCCACGAUCAUUCAUUGAUGAGACCAAGCCAAAUGGAUUCAAGGAAAAGUACCCAACGACAAGGGUCAUCAUUGAUGCGACUGAGCUCAGGUGUGAGGUGGCAAGCUCGUUUGUAACGUUCGUUUGUAAGCUCGUUUGUGUAUGUUCCCAUUCAGGAACAUACUCCAGUUACAAGUCUGCAAAUACAUUCAAAGGACUGGUUGGUGUUGCACCCAAUGGUCUCCUGACCUUUGUGUCCGAGCUGUUCAUGGGGUCACUGUCCGACAGAGAAUGCGUUGUGCGAAGUGGGUUUUUGGAGAUGCCUUUCGAUGCAUAUGACUCAGUAAUGGCCGAUAAGGGAUUCCGCAUUGCAGAUCUACUACAAGCCAAAAAUGUGUCCUUGAAUAUUCCGCCGUUCCUGACAAAAGGUCAGUUUUCUGCUGAAGAAAACCAGGAAACACAGGAGAUCGCUGCUCUUCGUAUCCAUGUUGAGAGGAGGAUUCAAAGAAUUAAGACCUAUCACAUUUUUGACCGGUACAUUCCCAUAUCCUUGGCUCCUGUAGCAAACCAGAUUUGGACGGUUUGUGCAAUUCUGAGCAAUAUGCAGCUGGCAAUCAUUAAGGCGGUUGAGUGA